GAAAGAAAUCAUGCCUUGCGGCCCGCGAGUCUUCGCAUCAUCAUGCCCCUUGUACGUUGAAUUUGGGGUCGUCAGCGGGCACCCAGUCAGGGAUGCCCUGACCGUUGUCAAGUAUAGUAGCAGGGGCCCAGAUACUCAGCAUCUACCGCGUCGAUGAUACUGCAGGUGCUGAUGGGGUUUCUCCUGUACUGUAGCUCUCACUUGCGGCAUCAUUUCAACCGUCGUGCAACACGCCCUGCUCACUGGGGAGGGUGGCGACUAGACAGAGCAAGAGGUACCGAGAUUGAGAUGCGCCGCGCCCCUUCGCAACCCGGAGCACCGCUAACUAGGAUCGUAGCGUCGUAUGGCAUGAUAUGCAAGGGGCCUAACACAGACAUGGCUUCGCACAACCAUUUCACGAUGAGAUGCGAUAUCAAUAUCAUUUGUACGGCCGGCCAUCUGCAGAUACUUCUAGAAAGUCUGCAGCAAGAACCGCGGGGUAACAGCCAACGCAAGAUGUCCUGCGUUGUACAUACAUCGUGGACUAGCCAAUCUCUCCACGAGUAUAAAUGAAUUGAUGCACAGCUGUCCAACGAAGAUGACCUCAUGUCUUGACUUCGCAGUUGCAGCAUGUGGCUUGAUGCGUGCAGGGCUAACUCGACAAUUGGGAGUUAGCAGACAAGAUACAGCUUUGGGGGGGAUCAAGGGAGUAGCGCAGCCCGUAAUUAUGUGCUCUCUCUUCUUCUAUGAUGACAAAGAGUACCAUGAA